CUCAUGAAUCAUAAUAUCUAGGAAGCCUCACUGUCUCUCUGUCUUUUGUCUGUUCUUUGAGAAGAAAUAGAGAGCAUAGGGAAAGCGAAAACACAGAAAAGCAAAGGCAUCUCCUUUUCCUUCCUACUGUCUUUUCAGGGCUUUCAGUUCUUCGUAGUUCUGUAGAGAGAGAGAAAGAGGGGAGAGAGACGCGGUGUUGUGUCUUUGGUAUAAGUAAGAAAUGCAGCAGCACCUGAUGCAGAUGCAGCCCAUGAUGGCAGCCUAUUAUCCCAACAACGUCACUACUGAUCACAUUCAACAGUAUCUUGAUGAAAACAAAUCACUGAUUUUGAAGAUUGUUGAGAGCCAGAAUUCGGGAAAAAUCAGCGAAUGUGCAGAGAACCAAGCAAGACUACAGAGAAACCUCAUGUAUUUGGCUGCAAUUGCUGAUUCUCAACCACAACCACCUACAAUGCAUGCCCAGUUCCCCUCCAGCAGCAUUUUGCAGCCAGGAGCACACUACAUGCAGCACCAACAAGCUCAACAAAUGACACCACAAUCCCUGAUGGCUGCAAGAUCUUCCAUGCUGUACACUCAACAACAGUUUGCAGCGCUGCAACAACAGCAAGCCUUACACAGCCAACUUGGCAUGAUCUCUGGUGGAAGCCCAGGACUUCACAUGCUGCAAAGUGAGGCCAGCACUGCAGGAGGCAGCGGAGGGCUUGGCGCAGGAGGGUUUCCUGAUUUUGUCCGUGAUGCUGGUGGUAGGGGAAUGGCAGGUGGAAGUAAGCAAGAUAUUGGGACUGCAGGGUCUGCUGACGGGCGAGGGGGCAGCUCUGCAGGUGGGGGUAGUGAUGGAGGUGAAACUCUGUACUUAAAAUCGACUGAUGAUGGGAAUUGAGAGGUGAGAAAUGAUGAACCUACUGGUUUGUUAACAACCCAACUUAGGAGAGUUUAGUCAGAAAGUUGAUUUAGAAAAAGAAAAUGGAAAGGACUUUUUGUUUAGAGAACUUAUUGUAUGACGAAAAAGGGAAAAAAAUGGUGAGGGCCUAAUCCCCAAACCUUUGUCUUGGAUGUUUCAAUGUUGGUUAGACUAUGAAUGUUGUGCUAGUGUAUCCUGUAAAUUGUAGGUUAUAUUCUGGUUUGCGUUGUUCUUGUUAAGUUUAUUUGUUUUGAGCGUUCGUUGGUA